ACAUACGUGUGUUAUGAAAAAUUAUUUACUAAGUUAUCCCACUAUUGAUAGUCCAUAUGAACUAUUAUUUUGCUUCUUACAUUAUGUUAUUCGAAAAUCAUGAAAAAUGAAAAUUGUGAAAUAAAAUUCAAUGUAACCUUUAAUUUCUUCAAUUUUAAUUUUUUCUCUUGUGUAUUUGCGUUAAUAAUUAACAUUUAUCCAAGAAUUAACAUUAAAAGAUGAAAAACGAUCCAACAAAGCGAUCUUCUAAAACAGCUAAAACCUCUGUAGAAGUUUCUGAUUCAUUACAACAGAUCUCAAAAAUUGUUGAUAAUGUACGACAAUCAAUUGGUAAUAUCCCUAUUUUACCUUCAAAUAGUACAACAAAAUCAGAAUCAAGGCCUUCGUCUGUAGAAGUUUUUACUCAAGAAGACCUAGAAAAAAAACAGAAGGAAACUUUAUCUAACUUUAUCACUGAAUGUAAUGUAAAACAUGAAGAAAAAAAAAAAUACAGGGUAAAAAAUCAAGAGUGUACAUUUCCUGAUGAAUCUGAAAUAUCUAAAAGAGAUUCUAGUUUAAAAAAAAAUACUGCUUUUAUUAGAAGAUUAAAAAAUUUUCCCCCUCCGCAACUUGACCAACUUCUUAAAGAUAUGAACUCCCUAAAUUUAACCAAAUAUUUAUCAGAGGUUGUGUCAGCUCUUACUGAAAUCAAGCUUAAAAUGACAGAAAUUGAUGCAAUGAUAGCUCUAUGUACUGAAUUAAACAUUACUUAUUCAGACUUUUCAAAGACAUUUUUUGAACAAUGGCAAAAAUUAUUAAACUUAAAAAAAGAUGAUAAAAUCACAAAUAUGAGUAAAUUUAGAGUAGAUCUUAGGUUGUUUGCUGAACUAACAUCUGCUGGUAUCAUACCUCAAAGAGAGGGUCUUGUAUUGCUAGGCAAUAUACUUACAAAUUUAAUAAGUUCAGAUCUUCAAGAGCAUAAUAAUUUAAAUAUAAUUUUAAGUUUUUGUAAGUAUUGUGGAGAUGAUUAUGCUGGUUUAGUUUCAAGAGAAAUGUUGGAAUUAUCUGAGAAGUAUGAUAUUGAAAUACCAAGAAGUAAUAUGUUGACUAGUGAUAAACAAAAAAAUGUCAGAGUCUUAUUAAAAGAAUAUUAUAUAUCUCUAUGUAAUCAUGUGAAAAGAAUGCAUAGUGACUUAGAGUAUGCUGAAAAACAAAAUGAAAAAAUUCUACAAACUAAAGGUGAAUUAAGACCUGAACGAAAAGCAAAAAAUGAGCAAAUGAAUGUUACAUAUCAAAAAUUGUACAAUUCUGUAAUGACAUUUUCAGAUAUUUUAAAUGAACCUCCAAUUAUAUUAAAAGAAGAAAAGAAGAGCAGUUCAACAGAAGAUUUAACUGAUUCUGAGUUAGAUAUCAUAGGGACAGCACCAGCUGAAUUAACUAGCCUUUGGGAAGAUGAGGAAACUCAAAAAUUUUAUGAAGAAUUUCCCAAUCUCAGCAAUUAUAUCCCAGAUAAAGGUAAAAAACCUGAUGAAACUGAAGAAAAUGAAAGUGAACAAUGCACCAAAAAAAGCAUAAUAGAUAUCAAAGAUGCUUCUGAUGUAGAAAUGUCUAAUAUUGGUACUAAAGUAAUUUUUGAAUCUUUUGUUGAACAGCUUCCUAAAUGUGUUAACCGUGAAAUGAUUGAUAAUUUAGCAAUUGAAUUUUUAAUUUAUUUGAAUACUAAAAAUAAUCGUAAAAAAUUAGUCAAAGUAAUAUUUAACGUCCCAAGAACAAGAGUAGAUCUAUUACCUUUUUAUACUCGCUUAGUAGCCAUCCUUAACCCUUUAAUGCCAGAAAUUGCACUUGAAUUAGGUUCUUUAUUGAAAAGUGAUUUUAGAUACAAUGUCAAGAAAAAGGAUCAAAUUAAUAUUGAAACCAAACUAAAAGUUGUGCGCUUUAUUGGGGAGAUGGUUAAAUUUAACCUAAUGAUAAAAUCAGAAGCUUUACACUGUUUUAAAAUGUUGCUGAAUGAUUUCACUCAUCAUCACAUUGAAAUGGGUUGCGCUUUAUUAGAAACUGCUGGUAGAUAUUUAUAUAGAUCACCUGACAGUCAUCAUCGUACAAAAAUUUACUUAGAACAAAUGAUGAGAGUAAAAUCCAUAUCUGCUUUGAGACCUGUUUAUGUUACUAUGAUUGAAAAUGCAUACUAUUUUGUUAACCCUACUGAGUCACCAGCUAUCAUGAAAAAACAAAGGCCUAUUUUACAUGAGUUCAUAAGGCAUCUUUUGUAUAAUGAACUUAAAGAUGCCCCAGAAAAAGAAAGUAUAAUUUUAAGUUUACUGAAGCAAAUGGAUUGGGAAAAUUCAAUGGAGAAAACAUAUUUAAUUAAAUGUCUGACAGAAGCCUGGAAUGUUACUUACCCUAUGAUAUCUGAUUUAGCAUGUUUAGUUGCUGCUUUUGUAGAUUAUGAUGACUCGGUUGGAACUAGAGUUGUAGAUGGUGUUAUUGAAGACAUUCGAGUUGGUUUAGAAACAAAUUUAGUAAAAUUUAAUCAAAGACGAAUUGCUAUGAUUAAGUAUUUUGGAGAACUCUACAAUUAUAGAUUAAUUGAGAGCAAUGAUGUUUUUAAAGUACUGUAUAGUCUUGUGUCAUAUGGUGUUGUAUACGAGCCAGAUUUUUAUUCAACAUUUGAUCCACCUCAAAACUUAUUUCGAUUGAGACUUAUUUGUGUUUUACUUGAUACUUGUGGUGAAUUUUUUAAUAGAGGUCCAGGAAAACUCAAACUUGAUUGUUUUAUUAUAUACUUUCAAUACUAUUUUUGGUUGAAGAAAAGUAGUACUACUUGGGAUACUGAAAAUCCAUUUCCUGUUACUAUAGACUAUUUAGUAACGGAUACAUUGAAAAAACUUAGGCCAAAUAUAAAAUUAAAAAACUGCUUUUUAGAAGCUCAAAAAUCUGUUAUUCUUUUACAGGAAAGAUUAGUUCAACAAUAUAAUUUGAAGAAUAAUGAUGAUAACCAAUUGUCAACUAUUGAUGAAGAAGCUGAUGACAAUCAAAAAGUGGAAGAUGAAGAUUCUGAAAUUGACUCUUCAGAGGAUGAUGAUAGUGAUAAUACUGUUUGUAGUGAUAAACUUGUAGAAAGCUCUUUAGAUGUAAUUGUUAGACGCAAAGUUGAUGACCCAGAAGAUUAUGACUUUUUAGAAUCUUUUGAUCGAAUGGUUAGUGAUAAUAUACAAGAACGAACAAAAGAAGUUGCUCGUCCACAAACAGAAAUAUCAAUACCUUUUCAUUUAAAAAAAUAUAGUAAAAAAACAUAUGAACAAUUAAAGAGUCCAAAUGAAGAUAAAUCUGUUAAUUUUAUUUUAAUGCUUAAAAAAGGAAAUAAACAAACAUUCAAAAAUUUGCAAGUACCUGUGGAUUCAGAAUUGGCAUCAAAUUUAAAAAGUCAAGAGAUGGCUGAACAAGCUGAAUUAAGAAGAGUUAAACAGCUAACUUUAGAUAUAAACAAUAGACAGGAAGAGGAAGAUUAUAAAGAUCUCACCCAAGUUGUACAAAAACCUAUUUCAGCUAAUGUGAAAGAUAAAAAAACUCCUAAUAAGGGAACUCCUGAUGCUGAAACUAUUUUUGGAAAGAAAAAAAGUGAAAAAUGGACAUAGCAAAAUUUCAAACUAACUGAAGAAAAGACUCAUUAAAAUUUGUGAUAUUAAUUUAAGCUGAAUAUAUUUGAAAUGUAACCACACAAGUUAUUUUAAAUUGAACCUUUUUUGUUUUCAUAAAACAAAAUAUUUUUUUAAAAAGAAAUGUUAUCAUGUUUCUGUGGCUAUUGUAAUAUUAAAUUUUAAUGAAAGUUGUAUAUUUUAUUUGUUUAACCAAUCCCAAUAAAUCUUAUUGGUUAUUAAAUUUUAAUGAUGUAAAAAUUUGUAUUUUCCAAGUACAAAAUAAUAUAAAAAUCUAAUCUAAAAUUGUUAAUAGACUGAU